GUCCAUAAUCUCGCAGAAGAGGAGGAGCCUCCCUCGAAGUUUGAGCUCUCAACAAGUCAUUUCGGCUUGAUUAAGAUCAAACCCAUUUUGUUUUCUGGCCUUUGGGGAUAAAUUCCGCAAACCCAACUUCUAGUUUCCACCGAUUUUGCAAGGGUUUUCAGGAGCUAGAAAUAUUGAAAUCUGCUGAUUGUACAUUUGGGGCUCUGGUUCAUGAACACGUUGAUAUACUCUGGGUUUAAAAAGUGAUUGUGUUCAUAAUGAGAGAAGAAAACCCUACUGAGAACAGAGCGAAAGCAUCGAAAUUUGCCGAUCAAAAUCAGGCACCAAAGGGAAACAAUGCCAAAGGAAGCAAUAAUCCUUCCAAGCCACGGUCUUCGUGGGGGCUGAAAGGGUUUACAGCAGAGAAGAAAUCAAAGUCUCAAACCACCGUUCCCACCAAGAAAUUGCCGCUGACAAGCUCCGAGACAGAAAACCAGAAGAACCUGUUUGUGCCUUCACAUUCGCGGGUGAAGAGGUCUCUGAUAGGGGACUUAUCUUGCUCUGUCUAUGCCAAGCAAGUUCAUCCACAUUCUGUGCAUGGCCACAGGGCAAAGCCUUCUCGAGAUUUGUUUCUGGAGCUGGACCAUCUCAGAAGCCUGCUCCAAGAAUCAAAGGACAGGGAAUUUAAGUUGCAGGCCGAGUUGUCGGAAUGCAAGAGGAACCCCAAACUUUUAGACCUUGAAAGAGAGCUAGAGCUCAAGAAGAGUGAGGUUGACAGCCUUGUGGAAAGAGUUGGGUUGCUGGAAUCCGAGAAAUUGGGGCUUAAUGAGCAAUUGUUGUCACUGGCGUCUGGUGUGGAUAGGCAGGAUGAUGCAUCGAGAAGGGAAGAAAAUGAAGUGUCAAAUCCAAAUGGACCGGAUGGACGUAACCUGGAGAUUGAGGUUGUCGAGUUGAGGCGCCUGAACAAGGAGCUUCAGCUUCAGAAGAGGAGUCUUGCUUGCAGACUUACAUCUGUAGAAUCCCAACUGGCCACUGUUGCAAAAGCUUCUGAGAGCGACAUUGUUUCGAAGAUAAAAGCAGAGGCUUCUUUACUAAGACUCACAAACGAAGACCUGUGUAAACAAGUUGAGGGUCUACAAAUGAGCCGGUUAAAUGAGGUUGAAGAGCUUGCCUACCUAAGGUGGGUCAAUUCAUGUUUGAGAAAUGAGCUGCGGAAUUGUUCAACCAAUUCGAUCGAGAGGAGUAGGGAAUCUGCUAGCUCGCCUUCCUUCCAUAGCGAAGACACCUCCGAAUAUGGUAGUGCCAAGAGAUUCAGCUUGAUUAAGAAGUUGAAGAAAUGGCCAAUCACUGAAGAAGAUUUGUCCAGUUUAGAAUGCCUGGAUGAGGAAAAAAGUUGGGUUGACUGCCAUAGUCCAAGAAGAAGACACUCUAUGAGUGGAUCAAAAUUUUGUACAGAGGACUUGCUAUUGAGUAAGCGGAGGCAAUCUGAUGGCUUCACUUGUACAAAAGAAAGAGAGGGAGAACCAUUAGCUAAUCAAAAGUAUGAUUUGGACGUAGUUCAGAAGCCCCAAAUGAAUAGCAACGUCCAGGAAACUACCAAGUUGGCAGCUUCUUCAGAUGUUGAGAAACGGGCCUUGCGAGUCCCUAAUCCCCCUCCAAGGCCUUCGUGUACUAUCUCUAGUGGACGUAGAGAAGAUGCUCCGGCACAAAUUCCACCGCCACCGCCUCCUCCUCCUCCUCCUCCCCCUCCACCUCCUCCUAAGUUUUCAGUAAAAGGUACCGCAGGAGUGGUGCAGCGAGCACCGGAAGUAGUUGAGCUCUAUCAUUCACUCAUGAAGAGGGACUCUAGAAAAGAUUCCUCAAAUGGAGGGAUUUAUGAGGCCCCAGAUGUUGCAACUGUUCGUAGUAGCAUGAUUGGUGAAAUUGAGAAUCGAUCUUCACAUCUACUUGCUAUAAAGGCGGAUGUUGAGACUCAAGGAGAAUUUGUAAACUCCCUGAUCAGAGAAGUAAAUGAUGCAGUUUAUCAGGACAUUGAAGAUGUGGUAGCAUUCGUGAAAUGGCUUGAUGAUGAACUUUGCUUCCUUGUGGAUGAAAGGGCGGUCCUCAAGCAUUUCAAUUGGCCGGAAAAGAAAGCUGACACACUAAGAGAGGCAGCAUUCGGAUAUAGAGAUCUCAAGAAGUUGGAGUAUGAAGUAUCUAAUUAUCAGGAUCAUCCUCGACUGCCGUGUGAUAUUGCACUAAAGAAAAUGGUCAAUUUGUCUGAAAAGAUGGAACGAACUGUUUAUAACCUUCUCCGGACUAGAGAUUCAUUAAUGCAUCAUUGCAAGGAGUUCCAAAUUCCCACAGAUUGGAUGCAUGACCGUGGAAUAGUAAGCAAGAUAAAGUUUGGCUCUGUCAAGUUGGCAAAGAAGUACAUGAAGAGGGUGGCUGUGGAACUUCAAACCAAGGGAGGAUCAGAAAAGGAUUCUGCCAUGGAUUAUAUGCUACUUCAGGGAGUGAGAUUUGCCUUUCGAAUACAUCAGUUUGCCGGGGGAUUUGAUGCAGAAACCAUGAAGGCAUUUGAGGAGCUUCGAAGUCUGGCCCUUGCGCUAAAUAAAAAGUAGGAGGGCGGGUACUUCGUUCGGCUUACCAUCUCAGUAAGCAUCGUCAUCAUCAUCAUAUAUAGCUAGCUAUUGUUAUAUAGGAUACAAACAAAUUAAAUGAAUCUUGGCGAGGAAGUGUGUGGUUUCUCUAGUGUGAUUUUUUCGUUUUGUUUUCAGAACUAUGAAUGUAAUUUGAUGUGAGAAGGGAGGAAUUUUGGGGAGAGAGAGAGAGAGAGAGAUUGGUGACAGUUAUCUGCAAAAGGUGUCUUACUUGCUUUAGUCAAAUUGAGCAUAUUUUUCACUAAUGUUAUCCUGGUCGGAAAGAGCAUCAGUUUUGUAACACAGUUACUUAUUUCUCCA